AUGGCCAGGAUCGCUCUCAUCCGGGCCAGCACCCGAACCCCCGCCGUGGGCAAGGACGUCGCCAAAUGGGUCGGUGAGAUCCUUCAGACCCGACCGACCGAUGACCUCGAGGUUGAGCCCAUUGCUAUCGCCGACUUCAAUCUCCCCAUCUACGACGAGCCCGUCAUGCCGGCCAUGGUGCCUGCCCUGAAGCAGUUCACCAAGGAGCACUCGAUCAAGUGGAGUAACACCAUCGCCUCGUAUCAGGGAUACGUCUUCGUCAUUCCCGAGUACAACUACGGUCUGUCGGGGGCCACCAAGAAUGCUAUCGACUACCUGUACAACGAAUGGCCCGGCAAGCCCGUUGCCAUUAUCAGCUACGGUACCCAGGGCGGCAGUCGGGCCAAUGCGCAGCUGAGUGACAGUCUGGAACUGGUCAUGAAGCUGAAGGUCGCGCCGACAAAGGUGCUGCUGCCGUUCGCCCCCGGGGCGGAUAUCAUGACGGCCGUGAAUGAGGGUCUUCUGGGCGAGGAGACCCUGAAGUCCUGGGAGGAGACAGGAAAGAAAGCGGAGGUUCUCAAGGCGUUCUCGGAGGUCAAGGACCUUCUCGCGAAGACAGAAUAA